AUGGAACCUAUAAUGGACACGAGUGAUGAUAUCACCUCAAACAACAACAUCAACAACAAUAGUAGUAGUAAUAGUACAACAAUGGAUCAAGCAGCAUCAUCAUCAUCAAUGAUAACAUUGGACAUUGCACCAUCGACACAACAUCCAUCACAUCGUAAAAUGAGCGAUGACAUCUCGAACAACAACAACAAUAACAAUAACAAUGGUGAUACUAGUAGUAGUAGUAUUGAGAUCGACACUAGUAGCAUGCGUAUGAGAGCACGAUCAAAGUCUACAGAUUCACAGAUUAGAGCACAGACUAGAAAGAUAUCAAAGUGGCCACCGACCAUUAUACUGGCCAUUGAGUCUGCCAUUGAACUGGCGACGAUCUUCCCACUAGUCGUUGGCAUCAUCUAUGUCAACAUCGCCUAUCUCCUCUAUGGAUGCUAUGGCAUUGUAAAUUCACCAUUCACUCUAGCCGCCAUGUUGGGUCUCUACCAACAAAGGUCAAGGCCAUUAAGAAUAUAUUUAUUAUGGAAGAUAGUAUCGAUUGUAUUAAUAGUGUUGAUUAGUAUUGCCAUUGGAUUACUGGCCAAGUAUGACCAGGUGGACUAUGUGGAAUCAAGAUUGAUCAGUGUAAUAAUAUUGGUGGGCAUUGGUGCAUUCACUAUCGUAUGGCAUAUAAUGACAAUGAUGUGGAUCAAGCCUGUACUCCAGGACUACCUCUCCAAGCAGAGUUCCAAACUGAAAGACGACGAGAACAUCAUGAUGGACGAUGAGGCCGAGUAUGAAAUGUUGAGCAAGAUGACUACAAAACCACAAUAUGGAGUGUCAGCGCCAGAGGACCCUAUUAGAGUGGCAAUCAGGAAGUUUAAUAAGGAUCCAGAGAAGGGCAUGCAAUACAUUCAUGAUAACAAUAUAUUAUUGGGAUCAACGAUGUUUACCAAUAUUGUAGACUUGCUUCACAAGGUGGACGAUUUGAACAAGGUCAAGUUGGGAGAGUAUCUUGGAAUCGCUCAUAAUAAGACAUUGUUGCAGGACUUUGUAAACUACUAUAGUUUCGUGGCGAAGGAGUUUGAUGUGGCACUGCGCGAGUUCUUGGCCAAGUUCCGUCUGCCCAGGGAGGCACAGCAGAUCGAUCGCAUCAUGGAGUGCUUCGCCAUCAAGUACCAUCAGGACAACCCGGGCAAGUUUGCUGACUCGGACACAGCCUAUCUGCUGGCAUUCGCUCUGAUCUUGCUCAACACGGACGCUCACAAUCCGGCCAUCAAGUACAAGAUGUCCAAGAAGGUGUUUGUUCAGAACAACUUGGAGCUGAGGAAGGGCAAGAAGCAGGACCUGACGCCCGAGUACCUGGAGAAGCUGUACGAUGGCAUCCACAACGACGAGCUCAAACUGGACAAUGAGAACCUGUUCUCCAACGCCCAGCUAAAGGGCUGGCUGCACAAGAUGACCUCCAACAAGAAGCACUGGCAGAAGCGAUGGUUCAUUCUCAAGAACAACUGUUUGUACUACUUUGACAAUGAUAAGGACGAGGAGAACCCCAAGGUGAUCAUCCCGCUCGAGGGUCUUAAGGUGACCAAGCUAUCAGAGACAACGUUCCAGUUGGAGGACUCGGCCGUGCAGAUGAUCAAGUCGGUCAAGCUGACGCCAGAGGGCCCAGUGGAGGGCCAGCACGAGAAGUACGCCCUACGUGCCGACUCGCCAAAGGAGGCUAGCAAGUGGAUGGACUCUAUCACCAACAACGUCCUGGGUAGUCCAGUGCUUUUGUUGAUCAAGAAGAAGAAGAAGUUGCUUGAUAGACGCACGACCACAAUACACGUCUGA